GACAGUCAGUCGCUGCUUGUAUGUAGAGUUCUGACAGGAACUCAUUGCAUUUUCUUAAAUGCUUUUACUCUGUUUUUUUACCCUUACACAAUCACAUCACGACGUAAACAGUCAUGUCUCGUUUGCUGUGUUUAUCGCGGCGUCUCAUUUGCGCUGAAUGUAAAUCUAGCGUCAAUAAAUCGCAGCCUUUUGUGUGUUUGUUGACACGGAGAGUGAAGUUGAGGGAUCAGCUGAUGAAGAGCUUUACUUCAGCGCCCAGAAGAGCUUCAGACGCCCCAAAACACUCGCUUUUGUGGAUGUUCGGACUCGGGACGGGGUUUGUUUUGGCUCUGGGCUUGAAUUAUCGCACAUUUGGGUCUGAACAGUGUGAAUGUGCCGAACAGAAGACAGACGGGCAUCAGAUUGUGUGCAAAUACACCGCCGCCAUAGAGAAGAGCAGAGACCUGCUGCAGCGGAUAAAGGUACAGGAUGAAGUUGGAGCUCCAGGGAUGGUUGUUGGAGUUUCUGUGGAUGGCAAAACAGUUUGGUGUGAAGGGCUGGGUUAUGCGGAUCUGGAGAACCGAGUGCCUUGUGGUCCGGACACAGUGAUGAGGAUUGCCAGCAUCAGUAAACCUCUGACUGCAACGGCCGUCGCCAGACUCUGGCAGGACGGCAAGAUUGAUCUGGACGCUCCUGUCCAGAAAUACGUCCCGGAGUUCCCAGAGAAACAGUUCGAUGGAGAGAAUGUCACAAUUACGCCUCGGAUGCUCCUGUCCCAUUUGAGCGGCAUCCGUCACUAUGAAAAAGAUGCCCAAAAGGUGAGAGACAAUAGAGAGAAAGCAAAGCGCCUUCUGAAGCUCCUGGAGAAGAAAGAGAAGAAGGAAAACAAAGAGAAGCUGAAAGCAGACGACAACAACUCGAAAAGCAAAGAAGCUAAAGGAGGCAGACGGAAAAAGGAGUUUGAGCAGGAGGAGUAUUACCUUAAAGAUAACUUCGAGAGUGUAAUCCAGGCUCUGGACUUAUUCAAAGACGAUCCUCUCAUUUUUAAACCCGGUUCAACUUUCCUGUACUCCACCCAUGCCUUCAGUCUGCUGAGUGCUGUGGUGGAGCGAGCAGCCAAUCAGAGCUUCCUCGACCACAUGAUGGCCAUGUUUCGGGAGCUGGGCAUGAUGAACACCGUUCCAGAUGAAAACGACCCCAUCAUUUACAACCGUGCCAGAUUCUACCACCUCAACAAAAAGGGCCGUGUUGUGAACUGCCCCUAUGUGGACAACUCCUACAAAUGGGCCGGUGGAGGUUUUCUGUCGACAGCGGGCGACCUCUUGCAAUUCGGAAACGCUCUUCUCUACAGCUACCAGAUGACCGAAGUGAACGGCCGGCUUCCCGGAUUUGUCAAACCGCACACCGCCAGAGUCAUGUGGGCGCCGGUGGACAGAACAGAGGCAUCAUGGGACAGAGACGGUCAGUACGCACAGGGCUGGCUGGUGGUGGAGAAGCAGCAGAAAUAUGGUGAGUGCAGAAAGCGCAGACAUUACGUCUCACACACAGGGGGCGCCGUUGGGGCGAGUAGCGUCCUGCUGGUUUUGCCUAAAGAAGGUGAACGGGACGUUUUGAUGGAUCGUCCUCCUCGCGGUGUGGUGGUCAGCAUCAUUACAAACAUGCAGUCGGUGGGACUCAAUAACACCGCCUUGAAGAUUGCGUACGAAUUCGAUAAAACCGACGAAGAGGAUAGCACAUCUGCUUGACUUCGUUCUGCGAUUCGUUUACAUUGUUUGGACUGAAUGUUUGUGCCAAGUGUUUGUUUUUGGAGAUAUUUUAAAUAUGUGAACUGUUUAUUAUGUCGAAUAAAUAAACGUAUUAUGGAAACAA